GUUGGUUGCCCAAGCUAGCUUUUUCUUAAGAGUUGUUUACUUGUUCUGCUUUCAAAAUGCCUCGCGAUCCCUUGAUAGGCCUUGUCGGCAAACCGUCGUCCGGGAAAUCUACGACACUCAACAGCCUAACAGAUGCCUCUUCCAAAGUCGGAAACUUCCCAUUCACAACAAUAGACCCCCAACGUGCCAUCGGCUAUCUCCAGAUCCCAUGCGCGUGCGCCCGCUUCAAUGUCUCGGAUCGAUGUAAACCGAACUACGGCUCUUGCGUGGAUGGACGACGCAGCGUUCCAAUUGAAUUGCUAGAUGUAGCGGGUUUGGUACCCGGCGCGCAUUUGGGGAAAGGGUUGGGGAAUCGGUUUUUGGAUGAUUUGAGGCAGGCGGAUGCUUUGGUGCAUGUGGUGGAUGUUAGUGGGACCACGGAUGCGGAAGGUAAAACUACGAGGGGCUAUGAUCCAAGUCAAGAUAUUGUAUGGUUACGCUCGGAAAUUGUCCGCUGGAUACAAGGGAAUCUGAUGGAGAAAUGGGGCUCCAUAAAACGCCGUCAUGUUGCCAUAAAAGCCACCGCCGUCGAAACCCUCCAAAAUCAGUUCUCCGGCUACGGCAGCAAAGCCUCCGUUGUAGCCAGCUGCCUUGACCGCCUCGCCCUCAAAGAACCUCUCCAAGACUGGACUGACUCCACCAUCGAGCGCGUCGUGAAUGCAUUCACUGAUGAGAAAUUCCCAACCGUCAUUGCGCUCAACAAAAUCGACCACCCUGAUGCCGACAAAAACAUUGCUAAAAUCGCAAAAAUGGUAGAUGCAAAAAGCAUCGUGCUAACCUCCGCAAUAUCCGAGGUUUUCUUGCGGAAGUUAGCGAAACAGGGGUUUAUUAGGUAUACAGAAGGAUCAGAGUUUUUAGACACGCGGGAGGAUCUUUUGGAGCAAGGGGAGGAGGAUGGGGGCGGGUUGAAGGAGUUAGACGAGAAGUUAAAGACAAGGAUUGAGAAUCUGAAAGAUAUGGUGUUGUAUCGAUUUGGUUCGACGGGGGUCGUGCAGGUGCUGAGUCGGGCGGCAGAGUUGUUGGGGCUAGUGCCUGUUUUCCCAGUUAGGAAUGUGGGGAGCUUUACGUCUGGGAGUGCGGGAUCUACGGCAGUUUUUAGGGAUUGUGUGCUUGUGAAGAGGGGGAGUACGGUGGGUGAUGUAUAUAGGAAGGUUAUGGGGGAUGCACCGCUGGCAUAUGUGGAGACGGUGGGAGGAAAGAGGGUCAGUGAAGAUGAUGAGAUUAAGGUUGGGAAAAAUGACAUCCUGAGUUUUAAAGUUGGGAGGGCGUGAGAAAGCUGCUGUGGCCGGUGCAGGCAUGUCUGGCUUCAUAUCACGUUUCUAGACAGUUUCUGGGGGCUCUUUAUGUAUGCAGAUGUCUUUCGGUUCAGGGGUGGGAUUUGGCGUUGGGCAGGUUUAGGCGUGUCCGGAU